GCCAGCACCAUGCACACCACUCGCAAGCACAGUAGCCAGCAGCUCAGCACAGCUCAGCAGCUAGCAAGGGAAGAUGGGCAGCGCCGGAGCCACCCUCCUCCGCUUCCUGCUGUUGGCCUCGAUCGUCGCCGGGUUCGCGGCGCAUCUCGCCGCGGGGGAGAAGGACUGCUACGGCGAGAGGGACAGGAUCAUGCACAUCUGCAUCCAGAGCAUCAAGAAGGACGGCUUCUACCUGCCCGCAACCGCGGCCUGCCGCAGCGAGGUGAGGAAGGUCGACAUGCCCUGCAUCUGCCGCGUCCUCACCGCCUUCGACGAGCGUACCGUCAGCCCCGUGAAGCUCGUCCGCCUCGCCCACCAGUGCCACAUCGAAAUCCCCGUCGGGAGCAAAUGCGGAACUUACACCGUGCCACCAUCCGCGCACCCGUGAGGAGCUUCGAUCAUGGGGAUCGCGCGAGAGGAAGGAGAUGGAGGGAUCAUGGCCGAAUAAUAACUAAAUAAUAAAGUGCGCGCGUGCCUGUAUGCUGAGCUAGUAGAAUGUAAUCUGCCAUGGCAUGUUACCGUCAGAUUCCAAUAAUAAUAAGAAGAAUAAAAGCCUUCCAUCUAAA